GAUGAGAGACGUGGAGCUGACAUGUGGAGAAUUUUCCAACUUUCUCUGGAUCUGUGCAAGGCUUAGAUAACACAAGGGAUAUACAGAGCUGAGGCUGCUGCAGUCUACCCCAGAGCUCAGUCUAUGAUGGUGAAUAAAAUUGUACAUAAUAAGACUUCUGUCCUGGAAUAUUACGCAUGUCGUCCGAAAACGCUCUGUAUCCGGGCGUGAUCUUAUGUGGACAAAGAAGCUCAGCCAGUGUUUACACCUGCUUAAGGUGGGAAGCUUGGGCUGAAGAAGUGGCCACAGUUGUCAACCAUGACAAAGAAGACGAUUCUGCACACAGCCCCACCUGAUGGCGGCUGGGGGUGGAUGAUUGUGAUUGGCUGCUUUCUUGUUACAGUCUGCACACGAGCUGUUACAAGAUGCAUCUCCAUAUUCUUUGUUGAGUUUCAAGUCUAUUUUGGGCAAGAUUAUUCAAGGACAGCUUGGAUACAUUCCAUUGUGGACUGUGCUACAAUGCUAUGUGCUCCUCUGGGAAGCUAUGUGAGCAAUCAUGUCUCGUGUCAAAUGGGAAUCAUGCUUGGUGGUCUUCUGGCUUCUACAGGACUUGUCCUGAGUUCUUUUGCAACAAGCCUGGAGUAUCUCUACCUCACCCUAGGAGUCCUCACAGGUCUUGGAUUUGCACUUUGUUACAGUCCUGCUAUUGCGAUGGUGGGAAAAUACUUUGACAAGAGGAAAGCGUUGGCUUAUGGGAUCGCCAUGUCUGGAAGUGGGAUUGGCACCUUUAUAUUGGCCCCUGUGGUACAGCUGCUGAUUGAACAGUUUUCCUGGCGUGGAGCUUUACUCAUUCUUGGUGGUUUUGUCGCCAAUCUUUGUGUCUGUGGUGCUUUAAUGCGACCUAUAAACCUGAAGGAGGACUUUGCACACUAUUCGCUGAAGCAACAGCAAAAUCCAAAUGAGCCAAACCAAAGUACCAUUCCUUCUUCCAAAUGUUCUCCUCUGAGCCUGGACUGCACUCACAAGAGUCUAUGCUACUGUUCCCAAAAGGACUACAGCUUUCUGCUGAAACCAGACUUCAUCAUUCUUGCAAUAUCUUUUCUAUUCCUUGCAUAUGGAUGCAGUCCUCCCUUUGUCUAUCUUGUGCCUUAUGCCCUUAGUGUUGGUGUGAGCAACCAACAAGCAGCCUUCUUAAUGUCUAUACUGGGAGUCAUAGACAUCGUUGGUAACAUCUCCUUUGGAUGGUUGACGGACAGAAGGUUUCUGAAAAACCACCGAUACUCAUGCUACCUCAUAGCUGUGGGACUGGAUGGUCUUAGCUGCCUUUUCCUUCCGAUUCUUAGAUGCUUUGAACUACUUGUGCCUUUCUCUGUUACAUUUGGUUAUUUUGAUGGAGCCUACGUUGCCCUGAUCCCUGUUGUGACUGGAGAUGUUGUAGGAACAUCCAGCUUAUCAUCAGCCCUAGGUGUGGUCUUCUUUCUCCAUGCAGUGCCAUACCUGGUGAGCCCACCAAUAUCAGGUUGGCUGGUGGACACGACUGGAAACUAUACAGCAGCAUUCCUUUCAAGCGGGUUUUCUAUGAUAUUUUGUGCCCUUUUAUUAGCAUUUGCCAAACUGAUAAGAAGGUUAAGGCACAAACCGCUGACAAAGACUGUGCCCACAUCUGACACCAGGCAAGAGAUAUGGACUAACGGAGAUCUUACUUCUGCAGCCACGGAAGAGUGUAACCACAGGGAGGUUUAGAUCCACCUAGACAAGGUGUCAUAACCGACAAGGAUUUAGGACGCCUGGAAUUUUAUGAACAGGCAGAACAUCAGAAACCAAAAAUAUAUGCCUUUGGAUUGGAGUACAUUCAUUUAUUUUGUGUUCCAGCUGUUGUCUUACAGACUAAGACUUAUUACUGUAUUUUGCUAACUGCACAAAAAUUGGAAAUAAUUUACCUGCUGGUCGAUAUCCCUGUUGCAUAGCAAAUGCUGAAAAUCUGCACUUUACAAGGAACAUUCUUGAAAUUCAAAUUGACUAACUCCUAAAAUAGGAGUCGUUUUUUUGAGAAUAUUACAAUAUAUUUUAAACUUGACAUCCCAUGAUCAUCUAAACCUAUGUGGAUGACGAUGGCUUUAUUCCUAUGCAAUGCAGUCAAAGAAGAUUAAUUAUGAAUGUAUAAGUCUUCUCACCGCGAAACAAAAGCUUUACUUUUCCAAAAUACAACAAAAACUAGUUAAAAGCAUCCUUAUACCGCCGGAGCAAAAAUAUGGUGGAUAAAGCUUGCUAUGCCACUGACGAGACGGCAUUGAAAAUGGUUGCUUUCACAGAAGAAAAAAAGUUACGUGUACUCCGCUCAAAGCCAUUUUUGUAUAUUGAAGCUAAUAAAUAAGUACAGAAGUAUUAUAUGUGCCCUAGCACUACUUUGAUUGAUUAGCUGGAUGCUGCUUUAUCUUCCAUACUUGAGGAGGCUACUUUUUCCCAUCAUGUCUUAUGUGCUGAUUAAUUUCUUAAUAUAUGUGUUAGUGAUUGGAGACCCAAAUACACUGCAUAGACAUAGGGGCAACUUAUUAACAUACGAAUACAUUUUUCAGUGUAGAACUGUUGCAAAUUUUGGAACAAGUCUCAUUUUGUGCCAAAAUUAGUGACUUUUCCCCAUUCUAUGCCGCAUUUGGCACUUUUCUAAAAAAAAAAAAAAGUGAGUGGUAGGGGACAGGUCCUAUGCGGCCUGACAGAUUUCCGAUUAAGCUAAAGUAGUAAUUUACAUCAGCUCCUUUUUGGUGUAAAUUCCAGCUUCUGUUGGACGGACCUCCCGCUAUGUGCCAAAAUUAUUAAUAGGCGUACAAAAGGAAAUAAAGCCGCAGCAC